CACCGAUUUUAUAUACGUACUCUGGCUCAUUGUUAUACGAUAAAUCACGUGGUCGUAGCGCGAUUGGUGGGAGUUCCGUAUAUAAAUAACAAAAAUUUAUAAGACUAUACGAGCGAAGGUCACAAAGUUCGACACCUGAUGUCUCUAUCGUUUCACUUUGAAGUCGGCUGUGCUACAUCACAGCCGACACGUGUGGACACGUAUAUUUCUAGUGAAUUUUUCCUAGUGCAAAAUUCAAAUAUGGGGCUUUGGCAAACAUAACCUAUUACAAAUGCACAUGUAUCAACAUACUCGUAUAAACUCUACAAUGUCUAUUGAAGAAGCUAUAAAAAAGUUUACGGACAUUAUACGUUCGUUAAAUGCAGUUGAUCAACAAACAUUUUUAUCAUUUAUAGCUGAUAAUUGGAAGCCUGAAGAAGCAAAGAUUCAAUCCAUUUCACAAAAUUGUACCGAUGGUUGUCAUAAUAAGUGCAGCAUAGAAGAAGAUCAGUUAAGAAGUUUAAAAAAUAUUGUCCUUGACAUUAGAAACAGAGUACCAUUCGAUGGUAUACUUCCAACAGAACAGAUUGUACCACCAACGAUUGGAGAGAAUUCAGACUGUGAUGAUGCAUCAACAAUUCAUGUUGAUGCAUUUCUUUAUGAUAAUAAGGAAGUUGACGAACUCAUAGAACAAGGGCAAGUGGAUAAUUUAUAUUGCGCCAACUGUGGAUCUAAUAAUGUGAAAGAAUAUAAUAUCAUAUCUCAUUCUCUAUCAGUAUCUGGUAUGUUGUACAUACUUCAUACUGUUUUACCAUCUUUAGAGAAUAAGACUGUGCUCGACAUAGGAUCAAGAUUAGGUGCUGUUUUGUACGGGGCACAUAUAGUGACAUCUGCUAAAAGAAUUAUUGGAGUUGAAAUGAACAAAGAACUUUGCAUGUUACAGUAUGAUAUAGUACAUAAAUAUAAAAUGAAUGACCGCAUUGAGAUCGUAAAUAAAAGAAUCGAGGAAUGUCCAGAAAUUGUACAAAAAAGUGAUAUCAUUAUCAUGAAUAAUCCUUUUGAAUUUUACGUAGCAGAGUCAGUGCACAUAGAAAUCUGGAAAUUUCUGAAGGCAAACAUUCAAAGUGGAACAAUUCUCGUUACCAGGCCUCCUAUAGAAACAACGUUUAAAACUUUAAAAACUGGAAUAUCAAUAAGUAAAUGGUUGAGACCUUAUGAAUCAGAAAAAUUUACAAGAGAACCACAAGUGUUUGGAUCAUUGAUUUUAGACCCUAAUGAACAUUCCGACAUUCGAUUCUACGAAGUACUAUAAAAGAAGUAUAAUUUUUAAUUUGACCAAUUCAACAGAAACUACUUUUACUAUGUUGUAACAUCAACUAGACGAUAGAAACCAAGUAUUUCAAUUUGAUAAAAUGUACUAUUACUUGAGAACGAAUGAAAGAUAUUUUUAUCGCAUCAUUUUAA